UGUUUGCGUAGCACGCAACAUAGAUGCCAUAUAAAUACACCCUUCAGCGCAGAGCUUGGAUUCGGCAUACCGACAAGCACACAUCAAGUCUUCCUUCUCCAACUUCAGCACACGAUGAACAACAACCAGCGUGCUCCGCCCUCUCGUUCUUCGACUCAAGCUGCAGCUCAGUCACUACAAUCCAGCCACCCCAAUGCCGUUCUCGACCAGGGUGUGCAUACUCGAACUAGCUCAAUGUUGCAUCCUUCGACCACAAGCAGCAUCCCGUUAGACCCAUGGGCCUCUUCUCAUGAGUCAGUCGCCACGCUUUACGGCGGUCGGCCCGCUUUACCUGCAGAUGCUGAAUGUCCCACACCCGACCCCAUCUGGAUGCUCUGUCAACUCGAUGAGCACGAAGGAAAGGCUCUACGCAUGCCACUAGCCUCUCGGCGCAAUUUCCUGUGCGCCAUAGGCGUUACGCGCAUGCACGACGGCGUUGAUAGCGAGCUCGCCAACAAGAUAAUUCUCGAAUGGUAUCAUCUCCAAAGGGUCAAUCGCGCUCGUCAGCACAAGGCUGCAAUUAAACAACAGCCCACUUUCGCCCGAUACCUGUCGCAACAGCCUGCAGUCCCGAUCUCUGUAGACGCCGAAGCAGCUCUCAAACGUGUCGCGAGUCGUCGCAAAGAAAACAAGAAGGACACGCCGGCAUCCGCCGAUUCCAGCCCGGAGAAACCGCCACGACUUGAUAUCUCUUAUGAACAUCAGAUCGGGCAGCUCAAAGAACGCCUGCAGAAUUUCAAGGUUUAAAGCAGAGCACACCGUUCAGAACGCCGGGAGGAACAGAACGACUCCGAGAUACUUGCACGUGCACUCAUCGACAGCCGACGGGAGAUUGGGAUCUUGAAAUCACGAGAGAA